UUGUCUCCAUUUUCGCCCCUUCCUGUCUGCAGCUUCCUCGUUCUCCUGUUCGCGCUACAUCGUAGCGUCGGAGCAAAGGGUGUUAUCGGGCCUUCUAAAAAGAAAGAAAAAAAAAAACCGGACGAACAUUCGUGACAGAAAAAGUGGAAGAAGCGUCGCUCGAACGUUGGCGUUGGUGCAAUACAAAAUAGCGGGCGUGGAUUCCGUCGGUUUCUACCUCGCAGUAGUCGAGCGUGUAUGGAAACGAGCGUUUGUUGACGAGUAAACAAAAAUGGACGUGGAAGAGGGGGAGGCGAAAAUGUGCAGGCUCUGCGGCCAGUAUGAGAGAAUCUAUAUCGAUGUGUUCGGUGAGGAAGGCAUCAAACGUUACCUGGGCCUCAAGAUUCACAGGAAAAUCAACAUCCUGAUAGAUGAGAAGGAUCCUUUACCGAAGGCAAUCUGUGUUCAAUGCCUGGGUAAGCUUGAAUUUGUUUGCGACUUUCAAGAAGAAUGUCUGCGCACCCAACAAGUGUUACGCGAUCAAUAUAAUCUACCACCAUUAACAGAAUCUACAGAAGUAAAAAACGAAGAAUCAACUUCGUCUGUGGGUGCGUCAUCAGAUAAUAACAACAGUAUUGAAAAAAAUCUUAAUUCUAGUAGAGACAAUCAAACUGAAGAAAAUCAGGAUGAUGUCGUCAAGACGUCAGUGGAACAGCAAAAGAAAAGAAAUAAUACAUCAAAGGUUCUACGAAAUCUUCGCAGUCAACAACAACAACAACAACAAAUUUCCAAAUGCAACGAUGAAAAUACAGAAAAGAAUAUACAGAGUCCACCUGCAGAAACGUCAUUGACUCGUUGGCUUAGAAGCAAGCAAAGCACGGAUAAUUUGCCUGUGGAUAAUGAGGAGAUCCCAAUCGCAAGUAGAUUAAGGAGUCACAACAAUGUGGAAAACAACAUUAGUGUUCGUACUGUAAAUAAUAACAAUAAUAGUAACAACGAAAAUAGAGACAAACAAAGUCUAAAGCAACAACAGCAACAAGAUACAUCGACAACGAUUCAAUUACCAACUUCGGCUUUAAAUAAAUUAUUAACAAUUGUCUCGGGCUCACCUGAUAUGGAUGUUUCUGUGAAGGAAACAAGAAAUCGAAAUAAUGAUGCUGAGGAUAUUAGCUUCACUGUGGAGAUGUGUAAAAAACGAAAUGAUGAUGUAUCGACGGUGCGAGCGCGCGUCUUUCCUGAUCAAGGUUAUUGUUCAGUUGAUUCAGCAAUCAUAGAUCUGCUGCAGAGUGAGAAUAGCGCAGAAAUAAAUAGCAUUAUUAAUAACAUCCUUAGCAAUACGUCUACGAAGAACAACAAUAAUGCGGCAGCAAAAUUGAAAGAUUUAGCGGAAUUGGAGGAACGUCUAGAGGCCACACAGAACCCGGAGGAACUUUUCAAGAUCGACGGUGAGGAAAUCAAAGUGGAUGAUAACGUGGAGCAUGUGGUAAACGAAACACAAAAUGGUUAUGCAUGCAAACUCUGCCAAAAAUUCUAUGAGCGUCGAGAUAAGUGCACAGUUCACGUGAAAACGCAUCUCGGUAUCAAGCAGUAUACAUGUGUCGUUUGUAACGCCAAGUUUGUUUGCAAGUCUGAUGUAAUGAAGCACAUUCGAUGCUCACAUACUAAUCCUAGGCCCAUACAGUGUCCCAAAUGUCCUAAACGAUUCAAAUCCAAAUUUUAUCUAGCGGAACAUGAUAAUGUUCAUAAAGGAGUGCGACCAUACAGUUGUACAGACUGUGGGCAAAGUUAUCACCAUAAGGUUUCGUUGCAAAUCCACAUGAAGUCACAUUUGCCGCCACAAAAUCUAGCCUGUGAGUAUUGCGGUAAGGUCUUCCCAUUUCGUACGCGAUUGCUCGGCCAUAUAGCGAGUGUCCAUAUGAAAAAACGACGCAAUUUUCGUUGUCGUUUCUGUUAUAAUCUUUACUCAAGUUUAUCGGUACUAAAUGAGCACAUCAAGACUCGUCACGCGACCACAUAUACGUGCGACACAUGUGGCAAGACUUUCAAAGUCGCUUCGAAAUUCAAGGCACACGUACUGCAGCAUUCCAAUCCUAAGCCAUUUGUGUGCAAUAUUUGCAAUAAUCGUUAUGCGUCUAAGGCGUUUCUCAAUGAGCAUCUAUUAAAACAUGAAGGUUUACGCAAACAUAUAUGUCAGGAGUGUGGCGCGAGUUUCGCACAAGCCAGUCACUUGGCUGCUCAUCGCCAUGUACAUGGAGAGAAGACGCAUGCGUGCCCGGAAUGCGGGAAAAAGUUUAAUCGUCGUGAUAAUAUGAAGGUGCAUCGGAAACGGCAUUUUGACAAAAAGACUGGCACAACUAGCAAACAAAAAGUUAUGUCUAAUAACAAUAAUAAUUUGGCCGCUUCCACCACAUCUGUUAACGAGAAAUGAUGGCAGGAUUUACAGUUACAAAAAAUAAUUAUUGGAGAGGAGAAAAGACUAAUAUAUCUAUAAAAUCUGUGCAGAUUUUUUUAAUAGACUGGAUAAGAAUUUGCAUGAAGAAUCAAAGGAGGACAAUUUCGAGAUUGAAUACUUGAGAAUAUAUUCGAGGGAAGAUUGCUCAAAGAUGACAGCGUAUAAAAUUGGUCCUUCGAUAAAUUCAUGUCCAAUGUCAUUCCUAACACUCUUAUUUUUAAUAAUAUAGUCGAACUUCCUAUUCUUAAAUUAACGGGACCAAUCUUAUUCUUAACUUUUUUCCUCGAUUCCUACUUUAAUAGUACAUACAUAUAAUGAAAAUGUUUAUU